AUGGCUUCAACUCAAGCUCUAGAGGUCGAUGUCAACCUGCAAGUGUCACCCACUGCGGAUAUCUGGCAGGCGGUUGCUCUUGACGCUUCUUAUGUUCGCCAGAGGGCUUUGGCUGCGCCACAUUUAACUCCUGCUCAGUGGAACCUUUAUCUACGCAGGAGGUACCAGCUCUCGAGGACCUCUGCAAUCAAAGCCCCAACCGACCGCUGUCGUUAUAUUUCCAUGCGACAGAACCUGCUUGCUCAAAAGUACGCCCUCCAUUUAAGUUUUAAUCCCGGUACGGUCAAUCUGCCCAGGCACUAUCUGGUGCGGCGACCCAUCGCCGAAGCUCUUUUACGACAAGAAGUUGAGAUCGACGCACCAGCUAGUAAAGGUUACGCGUUUGCUGGCAUCAGAACAAUUUUCGACCAUCACAAAGGUAUACUAUUAUUCACCUCUCUUUUAAUUUUUUGUUUCAUUUGGUCGAUAAUUCUAGAUUCUAUUACACGCAUUCGGUUUGCUCACAACGACUCGCAUCGAUUAGCAAUCGCUUCCGCGGAUGGCACUGCGUCGAUCUGCCACAUUUCAGAUGUCGAUUCGGCCCCCCACCGAAUAGACUACUUAGAAUCUCCUACAUCUCAAACAGGAGACUCUACGGCGGCUGCCUUGAUGGAUGUGGCGUGGUCACUGGCGAACACAUUUGUGGUGACCGUGAGUUUAGACGCAUCUCUCUGCUUGUGGGACAUGGAGAAGCGAGGCUCGCUCGCACGCCACCUCCGUCAGGUCGCAUCCCCCAAUGCCAGUCUACUUGUUUGCGAAUUCCAUCCCGUCAAUAACAAUUACAUUGUAGUCGGCGAUACAAUGGGCUGCGUCCAGGUCAUCAACUUGUCAACCGGCCAUGUAGUAAAAAACGGUCGAGACAAGCUCCACACCCCACCGCCAAUGCGAAUUAAGCUGCCUCCAUGCCGCAACCGGACUGACCUCUCCCAUUAUCUUGGUCGCGGUUGUAUCACCGCCCUAGCUUUUGAUCCCCAAACUUGCCGCCUCUGGGUUGGUACUGACCUGGGACUAAUUCAGGCCUACAAGUGUGAUGAAUCAACAGGCUGCCUAUCGCGAACUUCUCGAUUCAACAUCCCCACUUCUACACCCUUUCUACCCAGCAUUACCAGUCUGUCUUUUUGUGCGUGGCUUAGCCACGAAGACAGCUCACGAUACCUCCUAGUGAACGCUGCUGGGGUAGGACUCAUUCUCUAUCGCGUAUUCUCGAAUGAUGGGCGGCUGUGCCUCCACAGACAUUUUGAUCUUGCGCACUCCCCCCUUCGCAAUCCACCAUCUAGCAACUACGGCCUUCACUUACUUCACUCAUGCUUCGCCCCCCUUAUUUCGUUUCGGUCCUCAGGAUCUACCUGCGUCGUCUCAGCAAGUGAAGAACGAGGAGCUGUUUACGUCUUCGAAGUGAAUACUUUGAAUUCGAAAUCCGAUAAUGAAGAAAGACGAAGCAAUGCAGUGAUUACUUGUCUGCAAGGACACGAUUGUGAAGUUGGUCGGACCGUUGUCGAUGUUGCCUUGAGCUGGGAUGAAAACGUGCUUGCAUCGGCUGAUGAAUCCGGCGUAGUCAUCAUCUGGAACCGAGUAUCUGCGAAGUAA